CACGAUACGCUCAGUGUCUUCGAGGCCCUUUGCAGUCCUAUUCCGAAUCCCUGGCCAGCAAACUUGUUGAACACAAUGGCCACCCAACCACCAAAGGUUUUGGUCCCCCCAAAAGGGACCAAGACCGACUACCCGUUAAUUGAUUCUGAUCCACAUAUCAAAAGAGUUUUCGGCUACGCCAGGCCUUCCGAUUACGCCGUCGGUGGAAGCAUGGCUGCCGCAUCCCCCAUUGCCUUCUGGGUGAUGGAGAGAGUCAGCCCGUCUCAUGUUGGAAAAGGAGGCUUUGCGCCAGUUAUGCGUCUGGCUACGGCAAUUGGUCUUCUUGGAGGCCUGCACAUCUUUUAUCAGAGAUCUAUAAAUCGCUUCUACGGCUUCACAGAAAACGCACGAGAGGUUCAAAUUGAUAUGCGCGAAAUGGUGGACAAGGUCAAGAAAGGCGAACCGCUAUACGGCACAUCCCAAUUAUCAGAAUAUCUACAAGGAGUCGCUACCCGCAACUCUCGUUUCUCCGGGUUAUUUCUUCACGUCAUUCCAUGGUUCAACCUUGUUAACCACAAUCAGCACGGUGUAGAUACAGCGAAAUAUUACCAGCAAGCCGAGAGGGAGCUUGAAUCGGAGCGUUUGGCUAAGUGAAGCCUGUAAUUUGUGACAUUCUCAGAAAUCAACCAGGCUACCAGCUAUUGUCGCAUGUAUUUAUAUAACAACAUGUCCGAAUCACAUGAUUUCUCAACGCUUUAAAAAUCGGCUUACUACUAGGCAAUAGUGGAGUCGCGUUUUUUCUUUCCUCCGUAUCUUUGUUUUCUCCUAACCCUCAUCUGAGAAGUCCAUAUUUAGCUCGCGAUUUCGCUUUGGUCGCGGAUUAGGUGCUGUGUCACAAACAUCAGCACGAAUAUAGCAUGUUUUUGUUUGACUGAAUUUACCGUUUGUAUUCUCUUGGA